AUGCCGCGCCGGCUGGCCUGGCUGUGCUGCUGCUGGGCGCUGCUGAGCGGCGCCUGCCGCCCCGCCGAGCCCGCGCUGCCCGCCGAGGGCGGGGAGCCGCCGCCCGCCGCCGCCUCGGGCUUCCUCUACCGGCGGCUGAAGUCGCACGAGAAGCGGGAGAUGCAGCGGGAGAUUCUCUCGGUGCUGGGGCUGCCCCACCGCCCCCGGCCGCUGCCGCGGGAGCCGCUGGCCCCGCCGCUGGGACGGCUGACGGCGGCACCGCGCUUCAUGCUGGACCUCUACCACUCCCUGGCCGAGGGCGCGGAGGGCGGCGGGGGCCGCCCGCCGACCCCUGCCCCGCCGCUGCCCAGUCCGCAGGACAGCGCCUUCCUCAACGACGCAGACAUGGUCAUGAGCUUCGUCAACCUGGUUGAGUAUGACAAGGAGUUCACGCCUCACCAGCGGCACCACAAGGAAUUCAAAUUUAAUUUGUCUCAGAUUCCUGAGGGCGAGGCCGUCACAGCCGCUGAGUUUCGGAUCUACAAGGACUGCGUUGUGGGAAGCUUUAAAAACCAAACCUUCCUUAUCAGCAUUUACCAGGUGCUGCAGGAGCAUCAGAACAGGGCCUCUGACCUGUUCCUGCUGGACACGCGGGCAGUGUGGGCGUCGGAGGAGGGCUGGCUGGAGUUCGAUGUCACUGCCACCAGUAACAUGUGGGUGAUGAACCCCCAGCACAACAUGGGACUGCAGCUGAGCGUGGUGACCCGGGACGGUUUCAGUGUAAACCCUAGAGAAGCAGGGCUGGUAGGGCGAGAUGGCCCUUACGACAAGCAGCCUUUCAUGGUGGCCUUCUUCAAAGUGAGCGAGGUUCACCUACGCACCACUAGGUCAGCGACCAGCAGGCGCCGGCAGCAGAGCCGAAACCGCUCCACCCAGACCCAGGAUGUUUCCAGGGUGUCCAGUGUCACAGAUUACAACAGCAGUGACUUAAAAACAGCGUGCAGAAAGCAUGAGCUUUACGUUAGCUUCCAAGACUUGGGAUGGCAGGACUGGAUAAUCGCUCCAAAGGGCUACGCAGCCAACUACUGUGAUGGGGAGUGCUCGUUCCCACUCAACGCCCAUAUGAACGCAACCAAUCAUGCCAUUGUACAAACUCUGGUUCAUCUUAUGAAUCCUGAUUACGUUCCCAAACCAUGCUGUGCACCUACCAAACUAAAUGCCAUAUCUGUCCUUUACUUCGAUGAUAAUUCUAAUGUAAUCUUGAAGAAAUACAGGAAUAUGGUAGUUAGAGCUUGUGGAUGUCACUGA